AAGAAACUAGUGAACACAGUUCUGAGUUGUGCAGAUGAUGCAUUGGCUGGAAUAGUGGCCUAUAAUCCUAGCCUUCAGCUACUGAAGGGGCACAGAGUGGCAUUGCGUUCUGACCUGGAAAAGGUGGAAGGCAAAGUGGCGCUUAUUUCUGGAGGUGGUUCUGGGCAUGAGCCUGCCCAUGCAGGAUACAUUGGGAAGGGGAUGCUCACUGGAGUGGUGGCUGGCGCUGUGUUCACUUCCCCUGCAGUAGGUAGCAUUCUGGCAGCCAUCCGAACUGUGAGACAAGCUGGAGCAGUUGGAACACUACUAAUAGUGAAGAACUACACUGGGGAUCGUCUGAAUUUUGGGCUGGCACUGGAACAGGCACAGGCAGAAGGGGCUGAUGUGCAGAUGGUGGUGAUUGGUGAUGACUCUGCCUUUAAGAUACAAAAGAAGGCUGGCAGGAGAGGGCUGUGUGGCACAGUGCUUAUACAUAAGGUGGCUGGGGCUCUGGCUGAGGAAGGUGUUGGUCUGAAUGAAAUUGUUCGCAAAGUUACUGCUGUUGCAGCAGCAAUGGGCACCCUGGGAGUGAGUCUGUCCCCAUGCAGUGUCCCUGGAUCCAGACCUACUUUCCAUCUUGCUGUGGAUGAAUUUGAGCUAGGCUUGGGAAUCCAUGGUGAAGCAGGUGUGCGCAGGAUGAAAAUGAUGCCAGCAGAUAAAAUUGUCAAAAUAAUGCUAGAUCACAUGAUCGAUCCCUCCAAUGCCUCACAUGUGGCACUCAAGCCUGGUGCUUCUGUAGUCUUGAUGGUGAACAACUUGGGAGGCCUGUCUUACUUAGAAUUGGGCAUAGUGGCUGGGUCAGCUGUGCACUAUCUUGAGAACAGGGGCAUUCACAUUGCCCGGGCUUUCGUUGGCUCCUUCAUGACAGCACUGGAGAUGGCUGGUGUCUCGCUUACUCUUCUGCUUGUGGAUGAUGAGCUCUUGAACCUUAUUGAUUCAGAAACUACUGCUAUGGCCUGGCCACAACAUGCCAGAGCAUCUGUAUCACACAAGAGAAGACAGAGGAUAGCACCUGAGGAAUAUCCUGAGGAAGAGAAGUUUGUACCAACAGGAGUGCCAGCCUCCCCACAGAUAAAACUAGUUCUGGAGACAGUAUGCAGUACUCUGCUGAACUUACAGGAGAAACUCAAUGAACUGGAUCGUGCUGCAGGUGAUGGAGACUGUGGCAGCACACAUGCCCGUGCGGCCAGAGCAAUCCAGGAGUGGCUGAGUACAAACCCUCCACCAGAGUAUCCAUCUCAACUACUCUCUGCCCUGGCAAGGUUGCUGCUGGAGAAGAUGGGAGGCUCCUCAGGGGCGCUCUAUGGGCUGUUUUUGACAGCGGCUGCUCAGCCCCUACGGAUGAGCAGUGACCCUUCGUCUUGGUCUGUGGCCAUGGAUGCUGGCAUUGAAGCCAUGAAGCGGUAUGGUGGAGCUGCCCCUGGAGACAGAACCAUGUUGGAUUCACUUUGUGCUGCUGCUGAAGAGCUCAGAGCUCUGAAGAAUCCUGGGGCUAAUCUGAUGCAGGUUCUGGCCAAAGCUGUACAGCGGGCUGAAUAUGCUGCUGAAUCUACCAGGAAUAUGGAAGCAGCUGCAGGAAGGGCCAGUUACAUCAGCUCAGCCCAACUAGAUCAGCCGGAUCCUGGUGCUGUGGCAGUUGCAGCUAUUCUUCAGGCAGUGCUGGAAGGACUGCAAGCUCAACCAAAGUGA